AUGCAAAUGGACGGCGGACUUGCCGAUUCCUUUUAUUAUGCGCAGCCCACGGGCUCAAACCCUCGAAUGGCAUAUGCCCCUACGGGCUACGCUGGCGAUCCCCAGAUGCAGCAGGAACCUGUCCCUCAGGGGAGGGCGGGUGUCGAACCACCGCCCAAGACUUUUCACUGCUCGACUUGCAACAAAGGCUUCGCAAGACGCAGUGACCUUGCUCGACAUGAACGUAUUCAUACCGGGGUGAGACCCCACGCUUGCGAGUGGCCUGGCUGUGGAAAGCAGUUCAUUCAGCGCUCAGCCUUGACAGUUCACUCCCGUGUACACACUGGAGAGAAGCCGCAUAUGUGCGAGAGAUGUGGCAAGCCCUUCAGCGACUCGUCCUCACUAGCCAGACAUCGCCGCAUUCACUCCGGCAAGCGCCCCUACAAAUGCCCCUACGCCAACUGCCAGAAGACGUUCACCCGCCGUACGACGUUGACAAGACAUCAAAAUCACCACACCGGGACCAUCGAAGAGGCUGCUGCUGAAACUGAAGCCCAGUUGCGGCAAAACAAGGAUCGUGGACGCCCUGGCGAAGGAAUGUUCUCUGAGCACGCGUCCAUCAACUCUACACCGUCACCCGCACAUCACGCCUCUAUGUCUCCAGGUGGCGAGCUUCCGCCGCUGAACAUGCACCGCUCCAGCGACUACUACAUGGGCACUGGACCUAUUCCGCCUCAUGUGCGUGGUGAUUUCCCCCAAGGCAGCCCUCGGGCGUCCCCAACUGCGACCUCUCCCUCGCUGUCCAGCUACGGCAGUGCGCCCCAUGCUCGGCCAUCCAUGACCUCACAUCCAUACGCUCCACCGCAACCUCUCGAGCCUCCGGCGAAUAGUGAUCACCGUCCCAACAGUGUGAACGGCAGCCCCCACAUGACCAGUCUUGGUUGGGCCUCACCGUCCCACGGUAGCAUGCCAUCACCCGGAUCGGCCAACGAUUUUACCUACCCCGAGCCCACAGGCCCAGCGUACCCGACGUCGAUGCCGCCGCACAUGUACUUCCCGAAUUCUACUAUCCGGCGGCCUACGAGCACUGAGCCCGAGAACUACGAAAUGAAGGGCCGAGGUGAUAAUUCAUGGUCUACAGCUGUAUGA